AUGAGGCGCCUGGAAGAGACAAGACAAUUGGAGCGACCUCGUGGACCACAGGUGUAUACACAGGACCCAGCGCCGGGGACGACUUGCGUCGACAAACAGACGGAUCGACGACAAGGAAGCGUAAAGAGUGAAGAGAAUGGCAUGCAUGUAGAACCAUCAAAAGAAGAAAGUUCGUGUCGACAAACUGAACCGAACACCCAUGACGCUAGUGCGCUGCCUGACGGAGAUUCUCUGACACCUCAGGGUGCCGCCUCCAAUCUGUCCCGGACCCAGUCACGGGUCCGGGGCACAUUGGCCACCUUCCCGGAAGAGACAAGUGACGCUCAGGAGCCAGGAGACUCAACAAACUCGGUGCUAGGUCGUCCAGACCCCGUUAUGGCGUGUUCGAGGACCGGGACUGUGAGUGCUAUAACCGUCGGGGCCACCCGGACUGGGUAUUCGAAUCAGGAAGUCCUCCGUCCAGACUCGGAUGUCACCCCGGUAUUCGCUGCAGCCCAGAUUGACGCUUUCUCCCGGGGCAAUAUGGCCGGACAUCCUGACUCUCGACAUGUGGAUAUCGAAGAACGGCACUACCCGAUCUGGCUCGUCGGGGCGCCGGUGCUAUCGAGCCAGCACCGGAUGAGCGUGCCGUGUGGGGAGGAGAGUUGCCAGCGGAGGCUUUCUCCAUUUCGUGGGGAGGCGUCGGGACUCCUUGGGUCGUGUCUAACUUUGCUUUGUGUGGUUGCGGCAUGCUACGAUCCUACUGGUCCUCGCCAGAGCUUGGACUUAAACGGGGGAGAAUUGUCGUGGGGAAAAUUCGGAUGUUCCGCGACCAGCCGAGGUGUUUUAGCUUCCUGCGCUCCGCGCUCUGGGAGGGUCGCUGAAAUUGUCUAG